AUGCCGGAGUUUACUGUUUUCAAAGGCUCUGAGAAUGGGAAGAUUGUGGAACGUCAAUUUCAAUAUUCCAACCCUGCUGAGAAUGAAGUCCUCGUCCGAAUCACUCAUUCCGGUCUUUGUGGAACCGACGAGCAUUACAGGCAUGCCAACAUUGUCCUUGGACACGAAGGGGCCGGGGUUGUCGAAGCAAUCGGCACCAAAGUUGCGUCUCUCAAUAUAGGAGACCGUGUGGGCUGGGGUUAUGGACAUGGUAGUUGUCGUCAAUGCAAGUAUUGUCUGCGUGGCGAGGAACUAUACUGCGACCAACGAAAGAUCUAUGGCGAGUCCAACGCCGAUCAAGGAUCCUUUGCUCAGGCGGCCAUCUGGCCCGAAGACUUUCUCUACAAAAUCCCGGAUGAAAUAUCUAGUGCCGAUGCAGCUCCCUUGAUGUGUGCCGGAAGUGCAGUGUUUUCGCCAUUGCACAAAUUCAAAGUUGCCCCGACCGAGCGUGUUGGUGUGAUUGGAGUGGGUGGACUAGGACAUCUCGCCAUUCAGUUCGCUGCAAAAAUGGGCUGUCAAGUGGCAGUGUUAUCGGGAACGCAGUCUAAACGGGAUGAAGCGUUGGCUCUCGGGGCCACCGAGUUCUAUAAUUUCACGGAUUCCCCUCCUGCGAUGGAGCCUUUGGAUCACCUCCUUGUUACAUCAGCCAAGCAGCAGAAUUGGGAAGCUAUUUUCCAAAUUAUGGCCCCGGGAGGAGUGAUAUAUGCUCUUACGGUAGAUAUGGAUGAGAUGAAGUUCCCCUAUCUGCCCCUGGUUAUGAAAGGUUUGCGAAUCCAAGGCAGUCUGCCCGCAGCUCGAGGUAGCCAACGCGAGAUGUUGCAGUUUGCUGCCCGUCACCGUAUCAGGCCUAUUGUGAUGACCUUUCCGUUGAGUCAGAAUGGAAUUGAGAAGGCGAUGGAGACACUUAAGGAGGGAAGAAUGAGAUACAGAGGGGUCUUGAUCCGUGGCGACUGA